AUGGCUGACGAAGUAUUCGAUAGUAGUCCCUCUGAAGGGCCUCCUCGUUCAUCUUAUGGCUACCACGACAGAGGACCUCCACAAGGUCACCGAUAUGGUGACUAUCAAAAUUAUGGUCCGUCCCACUUUGAUCUUCCUCAGGAAACUCCCUUUACUGCAUUCGUAGGUAAUUUACCACCUAACACUGUUCAGGGCGAUUUAGAUGCCAUCUUCCAGGCACUCAAAGUCAAGGCAGUUCGUUUAGUUCGUGACAAAGAUAAUGACAAAUUUAAAGGAUUCUGUUAUGUUGAGUUUGAAGAUUUAGAGUCUUUGAAAGAAGCUUUGGAAUUUGAUGGAGCUGAAUAUGAUAACAGACAGUUAAAAGUUAAUGUUGCGAGUAGAGGAGGAAGACGGGGGAGAGGUGGUGGAGGAAGAGGUGGUAGAGGAGGACGAGGUGGAAGUAGCCCUUUUUUUUCAAGUUUCUUUAUUCUUUUACCCAUGUUAGGAGAUUAUGGUCAACCUCCUGGACCUGGUGGCCCUCCUCCAGGAUACUAUCCUCCUGGAGGUCCUCCUUCUUACAGAGGAGGUUAUUCUGAUCAGGGAGCUGACUUGGAGGCGCGGCCAAAGUUAAAACUAAAACCAAGAACUAUUGAUAAAGAAGUUAACGACUUAGCGGACAGUACUUCUCGUUUAUCCAUAUUGGAGAGGGGCGACAAGAGAUGA